UGGUCUUAGACAUUUUUCUGAACUUCGUUUCCCCAUCGGGUACCUGAAAAUCCCCUCUUGGAGAGCUGGGGGGAGAAAAACUAGAAAUUAACGCUACGUCCCUUGCUUUGGAAUCACAGCUCCAGAAUUUAAGUGCCUUUGGCAGGCGGGAGAUCGCAUCUGAGGCUUCAAAGUGGAGCAACAAGGAUCCUCUGUCACCAUGGUAACCGAAGACGCCUAGCGUUGCCAAGCAGCUUGCUCUGAGCUAAGAAAGCUUGGUUGCCUCUAGACGCCAAGGCUCCGCGGCAUGUGGCGGCAGGAAGGGCUUGUGGUGACCGUGGAUGCGGAGCCUGAGGCUGGAGGAGGCGGGGAGCAACCUCGGCAGCCGGCAGGGCUGGAGGGUAGAGCGCGCGGGGAGCCCGGCAGCUCCCCGCAAGAGCCCUGUAGACAGUGGAAGAAAUUUUUAUACUGUGAGCCACAUAAGAGAAUUAAGGAAGUUUUAGAAGAAGAACUUUAUAUCAAGAGAGAUGAAUGCCAUAUUAAAAACCCACCUUCAGUGGCCCUGGAAAGGAUUUGGAGCAUUAAAAAGAAUCUCCCUGUGGGAGGUGUAAAGCCAGGACUGCCGAGCAGAAACAAUUUACUGCCGCAAGCCAAGUGCUACUCCAGGCACGGAGGACUGAGAAGAUAAGAUGAAUAGAAUGUCUCAUUGAGAAGGAACCUCUUUCUCUUAGCAUCUGAAGAACACUGAAGAAACUCAGACUAGUUUCUCAAUUUCAGAUGUGUGGGAAAAAGUACAUUAAUCUGUAAAAUCUAUUUAUAAAUUAACCCAAAGUAAUGAAAGACUAUUGGUAAAAUUUUCUAAGUAUCUGAGAAUAAUGAAGGAAAAUGCUGUACUUACCUUUAGUUGUCACUGUUGUAAUAAAUUGGGCUUCUAAUUCA